AUGAAGUCUCACAUUGUUUUUUCGAGCCUCUUUGCCAGCGCCGCCGGCCUGUCGACACCUUCGCAGACUGAAAGUGGCUACCUAGCAACUGUUUCACUCGCACCCACGGCAACAGGCGCCGCUGCCCUCGAUCUGGAAGACAAGCGGGCAGAAUGCUUCCAGGCGUGCUAUGAAACAUACGGCAACUACAAGAGCUGCACUCGGGGAGAGGAUAAGCUUGCUGAGUGCUGGUGCAAUGAUUCUGUUGAUUGGGUAGAGAGGGAGGAAGAUUGUGUGUGGACCAUCUGUGGUGUUUCUGCAUACAACUUGUACGGUGAUGUUCUGAAACGCAUCUGUCAGACCGUAACGGCGUCUUUUAGUACUUCGAGCGAAAUGGUACUGAUGUCGGAGGAUACUUCUCAGAAGCAAACGUCAAGCGAGACUUCGAAUCAAGCUGAGGUUACUCAGACGUCAACGUCUAAAGUUGAGGCUACGAGCACCGGUAGUAAUGAAGCAGCGACUUCAACCGAUCAGCCGAACAGCAGUUGGAAGAUGGGUCCAUCCACGCUAACUACAGCUUUCCUUGCUGGGACAUUCAUCUUUGUACAUAUGGUUGUUUGA